AUGGGUAUCCUGCUCAAGCAACCCGAGGGCACGGCUGGCAAGGCUUGGCCUGCCAUCUUGAUCAGUGGUUUCGUUGCCUUUGGAGGUAUUCUCUUUGGUUAUGACACAGGAACGAUUAGCGGCAUCCUUGCUAUGCCUUACUGGGACAAAACCUUCUCGACGGGAUACCGAAACGCAGACGGCCUCUUGACCAUUACUGCUAGUCAAUCGGCUGCUAUCGUGUCGAUUCUUUCCGCUGGAACUUUCUUCGGCGCGCUGGGUGCCGCCCCAAUGGGUGAUUUCGUUGGUCGCCGCUGGGGCUUGAUUGCCUCAACCGGUGUUUUCACUGUCGGUGUGAUUUUGCAAACCGCUGCCACAGCAAUUCCCAUGUUCCUGGCGGGUCGUUUCUUUGCGGGUUUUGGUGUUGGUUUGAUUUCUGCCCUGAUCCCCCUCUACCAAUCUGAGACGGCCCCGAAAUGGAUCCGUGGUUUCAUUGUCGGUUCAUAUCAAUUCGCCAUCACAAUCGGCCUGCUGCUUGCCGCUAUUGUGAACAAUGCUACCCACAAUCGCGAUGAUACCGGUUCUUACCGCAUUCCCAUUGCAAUCCAGUUCGCCUGGGCAAUUGUCCUCGUGGUGGGCAUGCUAAUUCUCCCUGAGACCCCACGCUUCCUGAUCAAGAGGGACAACUACGACGGCGCUGUCCGCAGUCUUGCACGCCUCCGCCGUCUCCCCCACGAUGACACCGCUCUGCUUGAGGAGCUCGCUGAGAUCCAAGCCAACCAUGAGUAUGAGCUCAGCGUCGGAACUGCCAGCUACAUGGAAUGUUUCAAGGGUAACCUCGGCAAGCGUCUCCUGACCGGAUGCCUUCUCCAGGGUCUCCAGCAGUUGACCGGUAUCAACUUCAUUUUCUACUACGGCACUCAGUUCUUCAAGAACUCUGGUUUCACCAACGAGUAUGCGAUCACUUUGAUCACCAGCUGUGUCAAUGUCGGCUCUACCAUUCCCGGUCUGUAUGCGAUUGACAAAUGGGGCCGACGUCCUGUUCUGCUCUGGGGUGCCAUUGGUAUGACUAUCUCUCAACUUCUGGUUGCCGUCCUUGGAACAACCACCACCAGUCAGGAUGCACUUGGCAACAUUAUUGUCCACAACUAUGCUGCUCAGAAGGCCGCUAUUGCCUUCAUCUGUAUCUAUAUCUUCUUCUUCGCCGCGUCCUGGGGUCCCAUUGCUUGGGUCGUCACUGGUGAAAUCUUCCCCCUCAAGGUUCGCGCAAAGUCUCUUUCGAUGACCACCGCCACCAACUGGCUCCUGAACUGGGCUCUGAGCUACUCCACUCCUUAUCUCGUCAACUACGGACCCGGUAAUGCCAACCUGCAAUCCAAGAUUUUCUUCAUCUGGUUUGGCUGCUGCUUCUUGUGCAUUGCCUUUGUCUACACCAUGAUCUAUGAGACCAAGGGCCUUACUCUGGAAGAGGUGGAUGAGCUCUACAAUGAGGUGAGCUCGGCUCGCAAGAGUGUGGGCUGGACUCCCACAGUGACUUGGACUCAGAAGCAGGAGCAAAAUCACAUGGAGAAGGGUGGUGUCCCAGAGCAUCAGGAGUUCAAGCAGGCUCAGACCUCUGAGCUCUGA